GUCACCCACAUUCGCAUAUUUGGUACUUUUGUUCCCUUUGACAGUUCUUGUGCAAUUAUUUAUUAUUGCCCAUUGCAUAUGCCCCUGCAAAUUCUCUAUUCCUUUCCACUAAAUCCACAAUUACACAACUCUUUUUCAUGCCAUUGAAAGAUCCAAAGUCAACACAGAUACCCAGGAAACAGAAGUUUCCCACAGAAAGCGAGUCAAUUAUCAAAUGCUUUUACUUGUAGUGCAACAAAAUUUUUUUAUACAAAAUAACCGUAUGUCCUGCAAAGCAUAAUCCCAGAAGUGUGAAGCCAUAUUCGAAAACUUAAACAUCGAGUCUACCGAAUUUCAUUUCUCUACGUUUUCGUCUUUGUCUCUUUCUGUCUUCUAUCCCUUUUCGCCUUCUUCUAUAUGAUGCCUGAAGGGGUAGCGAUUUAAAUCCUACGCAUUUCAAACUUUCUGUUAUUCUUUAGCUCAAAUUGUCCAUUGUUCGCUACUUUCCACUGCAGCACAUAUGCACUUUGAUUGAAUAAGAUAUAUGGGGACCGAGCCAGGGUUGAGUAAUUUAUGGUGGAAUUCAUGGAAAGGUGCAACAGAAACUGACAAGGCAGCAAUUGGAGUUUUAGCAUUUGAAGUUGCAAGUUUGAUGUCCAAGGUCGUCUAUUUAUGGCAUUUUUUGAGUGAUAGGGAGAUACAUAAGUUGAGGAAAGAGAUUGUGAAUUCAAUUGGGAUUCGAAAGCUUGUAGCUGACGAUUAUAAUCAUGUUAUGGAUCUUGUACUAAAUGAGAUAAUGGAGAAUUUUGGACUUGUAUCAAGAUCUGUGGCCAGGCUAGGGAGGAGAUGCCUUCCUCCCUUUUGCCGUUUUGAACAUUUUGUUAACAAUCCACUUCAGAACAAUCUUGAAUGGUUUGGGUGGGAUUAUAGAUUGAAGAAGAUGGAAAGGAAAGUGAAAAAAAUGGAGAGGUUUGUUGCAGUUACUAGGCAACUGUCUCAAGAGCUUGAAGUUCUUUUAGAGCUUGAGCAAACUCUUAAGAGAAUGCAGGCAAAUUCUAAUCUAAGUCGAGGAAAACUGCUUGAGUAUCAGCAGAAGGUAAUGUGGCAUCGUCACGAUGUGAGAAAUUUACGUGAGAUGUCUCCAUGGAUUAGAACUUAUGAUUACAUUGUCCGGCUUCUGGCAAGAUCACUCCUAACAAUACUUCAGAGGAUCAAGCAUGUUUUUGAGAAUAGCCAAUUGCUAUCUCAGGAGGGAAACAAUGAACAUAAACAUAUGAAUCCUAAUUGUGUUCUUUGGAGCCGUUCCUUUUCUGCUAUGCACUCAUCAAUACAUCCUUCAGAUGGUAUUUUAUGUAGAUUCUCUUCAGGACCUCUGGGGAGGUUAGAUUCAAAGUCAGGAAUUGUGGCUGAGAAGAAUAAAAUAAACAAGCAGCUACUACUUCAUCAUCAAUCAUCCACUCUACAUGGAAAGCACCAUCACUUGAGAAACAGCUGGUUGGCUCAUGUUGGACCUUUUAAAGAAUGCGUGAUAAGCGGUACAGAGUCUCCUCUUCCGCAGGGCACUUCUGAUUAUAUGAAAAAUGUUGGCAAAAUGGAAAACUUGAAUACGGGAUCUCUUACUUGUAGCAAUAGAAUUUAUUCCAAAUCAGCCCUUUUCAGUUCCAAGUGUGGAUUGUUGAAUGCCCCUCCAUCUACUCUUGGUCAUGCUGCUUUAGCUUUCCACUAUGCAAAUGUGAUAGUAUUGGUUGAGAGGCUAGCUUCAUCACCUCACAUGAUUGACUGUGAAACAAGAGAUGACCUGUAUAAUAUGUUACCCACAACCAUAAGAACUGCUCUGAGAGCUAGGCUCAAGGCUUCUGACAAAACUCUAGCUCCAUCUGCAUAUGAUGCUUUCCUUGCAGCAAAAUGGAGUCUCAAACUCAGAAGCAUAUUGAAAUGGUUGUCUCCACUGGCUCAUAACAUGAUAAGAUGGCACUCUGAGCGAAAUUUCGAGAGGGAGCAAGAGGUUUCCAGGACAAAUGUGCUUCUGGUGCAAACACUCCAUUAUGCAAAUCAAGCAAAAACUGAGGCUGCAAUUAUAGAGCUUCUUGUAGGCCUCAACUACAUCUGCAGGAUUAAUCAAGACCUGAAUGAAAAAGGCUGGCCAGAGACUUCGGUGUAUAGAAUUAAUAAGUAGUACUCUUUCCGCCCCAUAAAAAUAAGCUUACUUCCAUUUUCUCGUACUUAAGAAAAUAUAGCUAAAUAGUAAUAAUAAAUUUUGUUUAGAGUUUUUCUUA